CCUACUGAUCUGCUCCCUACACUGUUGAAGAUGUCAAUAACAAUCCACUCAAAAGUGGUCGAGCUUGAGUGCUUAAUACCGAGAGUCGUUGACUGCGAACGCGAAGAUGAAGGUAUCCAACAGUUUAUCCCCUGGGUCUUCCAACAAUCAAACCUCAUGGACUGGGACUGCACACAAAGCUGGCCGGAAGAAGAGCUUCUCUUCAAGACCUUGUUCGCUCAACUCGUCGACUAUAUAGAAGAGCAAGGACAUAAGAAUAUGAUUUCAGAGAUCUUGUGCAAGGAGACGGGGAUAACGAAUAUUUUGAAACCCAGCGAGACCAUCACGUUACCUAGGAAAAGCUGGAGGGUCGGUGACAGGUCGAAUCAUGUGCAGUUCCUCCACUCGCAGAGCCAUGUUUUGGGGGACUUGAUGCGAAGCAUCUACCGUAGACUUGAGGAUUUGGAUGAUGAAGCGCCGAGGCUUGGUGCCUUACCAUUCCCACGGGAUGUGAAAUAUGUGGUGGGGAGGUUGCAAUAUGCUGCCCGAUUGGAGGGUAAUGUUCAUGUUGGGACACGGGAUGAAUUCAUACCGAUAGUCUCCUUUACCGGGUGGUACAAGGGACAAACUUGGAACGAACUUUUGACAGAUACAAUUUGCAGUAUGCUGGGACAUCUGACUAUGAAUCUAACACAUGGUUCACAUGGCGGGGUCCAAAGCCAGGAAGUCUUUGUUGUGGGUCUCCAUGGACCCUAUCUUCAUAUAUGUCGGGGAUUCUUUCCGCGAGAUCGGAUUGCUAGGGUAUAUCAACAUGGAUACUCGGAUGAGGAGGAGUUUGAAUUGGAGUUUACGCGAGGGUAUAAUCUAUAUCUCAAGGAAGAUUGGCUUGAGGCUACACGUGCGUUGACCAGAUUGCUU